AUGGAUACUCCCCUGUUUGAUCCUUGGGAGUACGGCGCAGCUAAGCGGACAAGGGCCAUGUCAUGCGGGGGUGUCCUUGCCAAUCCCAGUUGGUUUGAGGAGUUGAUGGUUUAUGAAAGUGAUGAUGGGGCUAUCCCUCCCCUAACCUUUGUUGUUGGAGGUCCUGGCAAGCCUAUUAAACACAAUGUGAUAGUCUCUAAUUUUAACUUGCAGGGAUCAAUUUCAGAAGAGACACGAACAGACAAGCAAAAACUGGAUCCAGACAACAAGAUACAUCAGUAUUAUCGGGCAACUGUCACAGCACAACUUCAUUUGGCAGUCGGUGGAAAUUCCAAAACACUUAAGUGGAAUAGAGACGGCAUUUUGAAAGGGAUAAAAUAUCAAAAUGGACAUCUGACCAUUGUGACGGAAGGCCUAUAUUAUGUCUAUUGUCACCUUCACUUUGUUAUAAAAAAUUGCUUAGAAGAAGAAGAAGAUUUAAAGACAGGUCUUAAUGUGAAUGGAAAGAUGGUGCACACUGUUUUACACACUUUAAUUAAAGAACACAACUGCAGCACAAACUACAAGAUCUUCAGAGACCAACACUUCAGCCUGCAGAUAGAACUAAAUGUAUCUGACAAUAUUUCCAUUCAAACAAGCCAUGCUCAUUGGAUAAAUAAAGACCAAUUAACAGAUAAUAACUUGUUUGGAGCUUUUAUGUUAUAUGAAAACUUUAAAUAAUGUAAUAUAAUUUAAAAAAAUAAACAAAUCACACUGUUUCUCCCCACA